CGGGAAUCACGAAAAAUUGGCGCAGUUUGCUUCGACCAUGACACAGAGAACAACAUUCCAGAGGUUGUCAGCCACAUUUUGUAGAUCUGUUGAAGCCAUGUCUGCAUUUUAGUCAGCGACUCAAGACUUUUUCCGGGGUUUUCCCUUGUGUUGUCCCGUUUCACUCCUUUGAUGACGAAGUCACCACGGGGUUACCCCUUUCAUCAGAUGUUACCUCUAGUCUUCCCGAGUUUAUUCCGUCAGCCAUGAGGAACUCCUUAAACACUAAUCCGUUGAUAUGUCUGAAGGCAAUGCUCAAGGAGAUCUAGAAAAUGGUUCACAAGGUAUAUCAGUAGUUCAUGUGACUAUUCCCAACCAGCCUGUCCAAGUCCAGUCUGUGAUACAGUCCAACCAACACUCCGUCAUUCAGUCUGCUGGCAGUACUGGCAAUGUCCAGACCAUUCAAGUUGUCAGAGUUGCUGCUGUUGAUGAUGAACUAUCUUCAGAUGACUCAGAUGCCAAAAAAAGGAGAGAGAUCCUAGCAAGACGACCAUCAUACAGAAAGAUCUUGAAUGACUUAUCAUCACCUGUGUCUAAGAUGGAUGAUGAAUCUAAUGACAGUCAGAGCCAGGAUGGCCAAGAGAGUAAUGAGGCAGCCCAGAAUCUCACCAGUUCAGCCAACGCUGUGCAGUACCAACAAGCUACAGUUGUUCCUGCUGGGGCCAUCCAGAUCACGACUCACCCAGAUGGCACACCCGUGUCCCAGGGACUCCAGACAUUGACAAUGUCAAAUGCCAGUCCCUCGACAGGGGCUCAGGGAGCUACUAUUGUUCAGUAUGCACAGGGGCCUGAUGGGCAGUUCUAUAUACCGGGUACUGUAUCAGUUGGUGGGACAGGGGUUCAGGCAUACCAGAUUGCUACAUCAGGCGCCCUACCGCAGGGAGUGGUGAUGGCAGCAGCCGGUAGUCCUAUCACAAGUCCAGGGGGACAUGGGGAGGAGGCUUCACGCAAGAGAGAACUUAGGCUGCUUAAGAACAGAGAGGCAGCACAAGAAUGUCGCAGGAAAAAGAAGGAAUAUGUGAGGUGCCUCGAAAACAGAGUUGCUGUGUUGGAAAAUCAGAACAAAACUUUGAUAGAAGAAUUGAAAGCUUUGAAAGAAUUAUAUUGUCAGCAAGAUGGAUAAGAGACUUGACACUGUUGAGUGGACUUGAGUGUAAAGCCUUUGAUCAGUGUGAAAAUUGAAAGGAUUUUCAUGUUUCAAUAAAGUUGUAAUUAUAUUCAUCUUACAGAGAAGCUGCUCGAGAGUGUCGAAGAAAAAAGAAGGAAUAUGUCAAGUGCCUCGAAAACAGAGUGGCAGUGUUAGAAAAUCAGAACAAAACUUUAAUUGAAGAGUUGAAAGCUCUGAAAGAGUUAUAUUGUCAGAAGGAUACAUAGAAUGGCAGAUGUGUUUCUUGAUGGACGAGAUAGGUUGCAUUAGUCCCAUGAGGGGCAGGAGAUACCUCAGGGUUUGGAUGAGAAGGAGGGAGAGAGAAGAUACUCCAGUCUCAAUAUUCAUAAUAUCUGGAUGUGAGGAACACAGGUGUACACACUCAAUGUGUUGUGUUCCGGGGCACACUGGUGUAUUCUAUUCAUAAUACAUGUUAGAAGACACUACCUGGACAGUCAGGCCCAGGUGAAAUGGAUAGCCAGCCAAGUGUCUCACUCCAUGGUGUCCAGUGAAGAAAGAGUGCAGUGGAAGUGCAGUGUUUGGUGCAGACCAAGUAUGGUGACCAGUGCUGGUCCUUUCCACUCUGUUGCUUGUACAACAGAUAGAUGGUGCUAGCUGACGACAGAGUGGAAUUUCAUUUCUUAUCUGUUUCUAAAGAGCAACUACAUGUUCUCCAUAGAAGGAUUUAUUCCCAUGUCUCAUACUUAUUUAAAUCUCACCAUUUUGUUUGUAUAUAUUGUGAAUCUGUUUUGUUGGUCAGUCAGAUUUUAUGUCUGCUGUCAGACAUACUUGUGUAACUGUGGGGGUGUUUUACCCCUUGUGCCAAGUGUCUAUCUACAUAUAGUUACAUGGAUUUGUUAUUUGUAAGAUUGUAUAUGUAGCACACUGUAUAUGCUUGUUGUUAAAGUUUCCUGAACAAAGGAAUUGUAACAUGUUUUACAUGUAAAUACAGAUACUUACAUUUCAGUGUGUGACAAAGUUUUGUUGUUUUUUAAGAGGUUCGUGCAGAUCUCUUGAGGCUGCAGAAAUAGCAGCUUCUCAACACACACUAUGACAUAAAAAACCUCUAUGUGCAGUCUGUUCAGCACAAUUUGGCCACUCAUGUUGACUUUAGGCACAUGAAUAGAUUAAUUCUAGAAUGUUGCAAACUCAGAAAGUCUUAACAUCAGAACAUAAACACAAUUAUGUGUGUUGUGACUUCAGAAGCAAUUGAGUUAAGUAGUAUAACUUAACAUGAUCAUCAUGCAACUGUUCUGAUGCACUGUAUUAAUUGUUGAAGAAGCUUUUAAUGCAAGUUUUAUAUUUUAAUUGCAGUUAGCAUGUUACAACAGAUAUAAAAAUGUUACAUGCUACAAGGACAUUGUUAUCCCAGGGUGAUGAACUUCCAAUUCCUGUUCAGCUUUUGACCAGUCAUAACAAAAGACAACUGGAAACAGGGUUCAGUUAGGACAACAGUAUGCUCUCUAAAUUGCACAAGGUUUCAAGUACACUACAAGGUUAGAUGGGUAAACAGGGUGAAGCUGCUGCAGUCUUUGAAAUAAAGGAUAAAAUUGAAGGUG